UGAUUACGCGCCACUAUGAAAAUUUGGUUUCUGACUUGUCAAUGAAGAAGUGAAAAUAAAUAAUUACAACUAAAUAAUCAUGUGAUCGGAUAUAACAAAUGAAAGAUGAGAAUUGUCAUAGAAAAUCUUCAAGUACUACUAUUCACGUGUGUUUCGCUCCGCCAUUGAAACGCACACCAUUCAUAGAAACCUGCUUUUAAAUAUAUAUACCUUGUCAUGAUAUACGCAAAGAGAGGUGUUAGCAAAGAUUAAAACUGAAAGUUACGGUUUAAAUUGUUACUCAUAAAUGUACAAUGGCAAUGCCGUGCAUUGUAUCUAGCACUAGACUAUUGUUCUUAAAAAGUCAUUUUAUGUGCACUGGUGUAAGGUUCUAUAUAGGUUCAAAUGUUUUUAAAAAUAUACAAGGAACUACUUGUAUUCCACGGUUAACAUACUCCUGUAAACAACAUGAAUAUAUUUCCACGUUUAAUAAUUCUGUUAUGCGAUUAACCAGAAGCAGUGAAUAUGCUGAGAAAGGCAUCGCUGACACAUCCAUAUUAAAAUUACCUGUUAAGUUAUCUUCUGUAAAUUACAUCUAUUACAAGUGUUAUUCUGCCACUGGUGCUAGUUCUUCGACAAAUGAUAUUAAACAAGAAAAAGUUGUAGGAAAAAGUGCACCUGUAAUGUCGCGAAAGGAAGCCUAUCGAUUAGCUAUAAAGGAUUAUGGCAAAGCUGUUGUCGUUUUUCAUGUUAGCCUUUCACUUCUGUCAUUAGGAAUAUGUUACUUCUUAGUUUCAAGAGGAUUUGAUGCUGCAACUUACAUAAAAAGUUUGAAAUUGGAAACCAGUGAAAAACUUGAAGUAGCAUUAGCCAGUUCUUCAACAUUUGUAGUCGCUUAUGCUAUUCAUAAAAUGUUGGCACCUAUUAGAUUAUCGUUGACAGUAGCAGUUUCACCCUUCUUAGUAAAAUACCUACGCAAAUCGAGAGCAUUAAAAAUUCGUAAAAAACAGGAAAUGGAAAAAUGAGUACAGUAUACAUGCUGACAUGUAGAAAUGCAAUUGGUUCGUUUGAAAAUUUAGUCGUAUUUGAAUGAUAAUUCAGGCAGGGGAAUGAUUACAUUACCCCUGUAACUGAGUCAUUUAAAAAAACUCAUAAAAUAAUUAAUGAACUUGUCUAGAUCAAUAAACUAAUCGAAUUACUUUUGCUCAUUCCACUUUUACUUAAAUCAGCGUUGGGUGGUGGGUUAAAAAUAAUAUGUAACUUAAGGUUGCACAAAUCAUUAGUUUCAGGUAACUUAACUCUUUUAAUCACUUUUGGAUGGGUAUUUAAUCAAAGAUUUAUUAAAAUAUGGUGAAUUAAUUAAGCGGAAAUACUCAAAUGUUUGAUUUCAUUUAUAUGAAAUUUGUUUACAUGAAAUAUAUAUACAUUUGUAUGCAUAAAAAAGUAAAGACAAUGAUCGUUUUAACAAUGUAUAUGAGCAUA